AUGAUUAAUCCUUUCUUCUCUCUUAUCUUCUCCCGUUCCCCAUUUUAUGAUGUCUGUCUUCACUGCCAUCCUUUCAACUCUUUUGUUAACCACAUUUCUGUUGUUUUACCAUUACUAUUGCUCUCUCCCUGUCUCUCUCUCUCUCUCUCUCUCUCUCUCUCAACCCAUCUAUCUAUCUAUAUAGCACUACCUCCCCAAAGCACCUUUAUUGAGUCUAUUCACUUUCCUUUACGACUCCCCCUCUUCUGUUUUUCUAUUUUCUCACUUCUUUUCUUUUUAUUCUUCAUUUUAUUUCGUUUUCCGCCUUUUCUUCCUUUUUUUUUUGUCUACCAUUUUCUUCUUUCUCCAACAUUUUUUCUCUUUCUUCAUUGCUUUCAUUUAACUCUUUCUCUUUUUGAUUUUUUCUUUUCCUCUAUUUCUUUCUCCUUUCCUUAUUUAUUUUAUUUUUUCAUUUUUUUCUUUUUCUCUUCAAGUUUUUUCAUUUUGUUUUUCUUUUGCACUCUUCAUGGUUUUAUCUUUCUUCUUUAUAUCAUUCUAUUUAUUUUUAUUUAUUCGAUUUUCCAGUUUCUUUUUUUUAUAAAUUUUUUAUACUUCGCUUUACCUUUUUCUUCUUUUUCUUCAUCUUCAACUUCUUUUUCUUCUUCAACUUCUUUUUCUUCUACUUCUUAUUUUUCUUCUUUUUCAACUUCUUUUUCUUCUACUUUUUCUUUUCCUUCUUCUUCAACUUCUUUUUCUUCGUUUUCUUCAACUUCUUCAACUUCUUUUUCUCCUUCAACUUCUUUUUCUUCUUCAACUUCUUUUUCUUCCUUUUCUUCUUCUUCAACUUCUUUUUCUUCAGCUUCUUUUUCUUUCUUUUCUUCUUCUUCAGCUUCUUUUUCUUCUUUUUCAACUUCUUUUUCUUCUUCAACUUCUCUUUCUUCUUCUUCAGCUUGUUUUCUUCGUAUCGUUUAUUUCUUUUAUUUCUUAUUCCAUUUUCUUUUUUCCUUCUAUUUUCUUGCUAUUUCUUCUUUUUUAUCUUUAGCAACGUCUUCUUCCAGGCCUACAUCCUUCUCCCGCCUUUUUCUCAUCCACUUCCUCCACCACACCUUCGUUAUUUGCUUUCCUUCUCAUCAUCGCCCUAUCAUCUCUCUUCUCCCGCUUUCCAUAACCCCCUCUCAUUUUCUCUACUUUUCUCUCUACCCCUCACUAUCUUUCUCUCUCUUUAGAUAA